UGCGCUAUUUUUCAUGAUACCAGUUAAGCGUGAAUAUGUGAAACAGAGAGUUCUUUUAUCUCUAAGAUCUAAAAUUAAAAAUACAAGCAUAGCAGAUAGCUAUUACAAGAGUUGCUGUCGUUUGAUAUUUAAACGUUACAAAGAUGACUUCAAGGUUCAGUGGACUCAAAUUAGGGCCACCAAUAGAAGUUUUUGCUCUUCAAAAAGCCUUUAUAGAAGAUGCUUAUGAAAAAAAAGUAAAUUUAUCUAUAGGAGCUUAUCGUACAAGUGAAGGAGCACCAUGGGUAUUACCAGUUGUUCGAAAGGUAGAGAAAUUAUUAGCUGCAGAUGAACUACAAAAUCAUGAAUAUCUUCCUGUCUUGGGGUUAGAUGCUUUUAGUCAAGCAGCAACAGGUAUGUUGCUGGGUACAGACUCUCCUAUUAUUGCACAAGGUCGUGCUUUUGGUAUUCAAACAUUGUCUGGUACUGGAGCAUUACGUGUUACAGCUGAAUUUUUUAGUCGCAUUUUGCAUUAUGAUACCUUUUAUUAUAGCAAACCUACUUGGGAGAACCAUAAACUUGUAUUCAUUAAUGGAGGAUUUAAAAAAGCUUGUGAAUAUACAUAUUGGAAUCCAGAAACCCGUAAUUUUGAUAUUGAAGGAAUGCUUAAUGAUCUUAGAGAUGCUCCAGAGAAUGCUGUAAUUAUUUUGCAUGCAUGUGCACAUAAUCCUACUGGAUGUGAUCCAACACCUGAGCAAUGGGCUAAAAUAGCAGAUGUAGUUGAAGAGAAACAUCUUUUCCCACUUUUUGAUAGCGCAUAUCAGGGUUUUGCAAGUGGUGAUUUAGAUAAAGAUGCUUAUGCAGUAAGAAUGUUUGCCAAACGUGGAAUAGAACUUAUGUGUGCACAAAGUUUUGCUAAAAACUUUGGCUUAUACAACGAAAGAGCUGGAAAUUUGGUGGUUGUUAUGAAUAAUACAAAAGAAUUAUCUGAAGUUAAAUCUCAGUUAACCUUAAUCGUUCGAGGAAUGUACAGUAAUCCACCAAAUCAUGGAGCAAGAAUAAUUGCAACUGUGCUACAAAAUCCAGAUCUUUAUAAAGAAUGGAAAAGUCAUAUUGUUACAAUGUCUAAUAGAAUAAAACAAAUGCGAACGAGUUUAUACGAAAGGCUGGUUCAAUUAGGAACACCAGGUAGUUGGGAACAUAUUACUACACAAAUAGGAAUGUUCUCUUAUACAGGUCUUACUAAGCGACAAGUUGAACAUUUAAUAAAUCAUUACCAUAUAUAUAUGUUACGAAGUGGUAGAAUAAAUAUGUGUGGACUUAAUAAAUCUAACUUGGAUUACGUCGCAAGUGCAAUUUACGAAACUGUUCUGCUAUUUCCAGAAAAGAAGAAACAGUGUACAUGUUGAAAUGAGCACUAGGAUCAGACAUGAUAUUAUAUAAGUAUAAAUUGUUAUUGAAACUUCAGUAUUGCGAAAAUUGUUGAAGU